AGUCGCGUCCUGCGCGCUGUAGGACGCGCACACGAUCAGCUGAGCAGCGUUUCCCUCUCAGAGGAAGAUAGACGGAGCUGUGUUCAGUUGGACUCACUCACUCUCUGUUUAGACACUUUAGUUCAGUUUGGCUUCGUUUUUUUUUCUUGUUAUUUAAAACUGUGUGUAUCGAAGCUGCUCCCGUGGACGAGAUGUUGGAGACGAUCGCCUCGCCAAAAUGAACACAGACUGCACCAAGCCUUCUGUUGCUCCAAAGCCAAGGUUUGUUUGUCACCCCAGCCUGAAGCUGCCCUCCCCUCUCAUGUCUGCGGCCAGGGGUCCAAAACCUUCUUUAGCCCCGAAACCCAAAGUUACACUGGAACUUAAUGGCAACCACGGAGUAUGCAUUAAUGACAGCCUACUAUCUUUAGAUGAUGAGGUUGAUGAAGAGCACGAGACGGAGAGAGGCCUAAACAAAAUGGUUACUGACAGGUUGCCAGCAGAGAAACAAUUCAAUGCCUACAUCCUCAGAUCACCAGAGAAAGACGUUCAUGAUGUGUCACAGGGAGCGAAGGAUGGAGAGGUGACAGAGGAGGAAAAGGAAGAGGAAGAAGACAUGAUUCAGAAGAUGGACGAGGACUGGAGGUUAACUGACAGUGCUAUAUCAGAGGAGGUGGACUCCCAGGAAACACUUUGGGUCAGUGAUGCUGGACUCACAGCUGACUCUGAGGAGGUGGUGGAGAUGGCUGACACAGAAAUGACAGAGGACAUGGAUGCUGAAGGUUGUGACGCAGGCGAAGCGCUGGCUGACACAGAUGGCAUCUCAGUGGGAGACAUUUCUGUUAAUAGCAUUGAUGAGGAGUCAGGCAGCUAUUCUGCUGAAAAUCGACACAUGAAGAAGAGGCAGCAAAAGCUCUCAAUCAAGGAGGAUGAAACAGGUGACUGUACAGCAGAUGAUUUAACUGAGUCUCUCACGGAUGAACCUGGUCUCUUCAUCGAUGACACCAACACACAAGUUUUCCAAACAGAUAGAGAGAAGAAGGAAGAGGAAUCUGCCCCUGAUUGUGGCAUCACAUAUAACAUUCUGAAGUUUAGCCGUGAAAUGACAGAGAAGGGCAAAAACAUACAAAACACUAGUUUUUAUGAGUUUGUUCCCAAACACCAAAAACAGGUCAGUGAUACUACUAAGAGACAUGCUACUGUGGAUGAUGAUCCAACUAAUGAGCCUUAUUAUGUCUCCUCAGAGGACAUUAUUAACAGAGAGAUGAGUGAAAGGAAUAACACAAUUCAUGGGCUACCAGAGAGUCCACUUGCACCACAGAAACUUUUCUCCCUAAACAGCAGUGGAGUAUCAGUCAGGAAAUAUGAGGAAACAGCAGAAAAUGGACACUCUUUUGAGGAUUACGUGGAGAUUGGUAAUGAUGGGUACAGCUGCCACAACAGGGAUAAAAAUAAGGUAAGAACAUAUCAGAAAUGGACAACUGUCAAAACAGAAGAACUCAGAGCUCAGACAACGGAGGCCUUUCUGAAUCAUUUGGACUCCCAGCCAAGAUUCAGGCUGGUAUCCAUCUCAGUGCCAACAGAUACCGACACCUCGCUGACAUCUUCUCUCUCAGAAAGCCAGCUGCUCUCUCCAAAUGAUUCGGAUGUAUCCAGGGACGAGGACGACCUGGAGGGUCACAUAGUGCCGUUUCUGGACGACACCACUGACUCAGAACAGGACAUCAGUGAUGAGCAUGUCUAUGAGGAGCCAGGGCACAGUUCAGAGGGUGAAAACGCUUUUCCUUUUCACAAGAGGCCAACAGAUAAGCGCUCUCGCUCACUGUCACAUCGUGUUAAUAAUAAUGUGGCUGAUAAGGGAGUGCAGUUCAUUCAGAGGCCCUAUGUAAGUGGAUUCGGACAACCUGCACUGAGCAGCAGCCCCAUGUUGAACUCAGUGUUGAACAAGACCUAUGCCAAACCCCGUUAUUUGUCCCUGUACCCCCGCUCCCUCUCCAUGGAGGCACAGGACACAAAUCUGGGUGUCUACAGCUACAGGGAAGGCUCCCCAAGACAGGGUGGUGCCAUUUGUUCAUCUGGAAGCUUCUCCCGAUGUUCACCUGUCUCAUCCAGUGGUCUUUCCACUCCAACAUCUGUAGUUGAUAUUCCUCCCCCAUUUGAGCUGGCCUACAUCACCAAGAAGCCCAUCACAAAGAGUUCCCCCUCACUUUUCAUCGAAGGAGACUCAUCAGAGAAAAACAGGAAAAAGAAAUCCUCCAUUAAACGUUUCCUGAUGCUUAAAUUUAGACGGAAAACAGACAGCAAGCCUGUGGUGGAUGUGAACCCAUCUUUCAAGUCCUCACCAGAGUCCCAUCACCACAUUCCCAGGAGACUGCUGGAUCUAGAUAGACACAGCACAAGUAGCUCUCCGCGGCUCAACUCACGCUCUGCGAGCAAACCUCAUGUUUCUCCUGAGCCAGCCUCCAAAUUCUUGCUGUACAAGGACAGCAAAGGAAAAGGGAAUUCUGCGGCCUUUCUCAAUCGCAGCGUCGUCCGAGUGGAGUCUUUUGAGGACCGCUCCCGUGUGCCUUUCACACCUCUUCCUCUGAUCAAGCCUCGCUCCAUCUCCUUCCCAAACGCCGAUACCUCAGACUAUGAGAAUGUUCCUGCCAUCAGCUCGGAUUACGAGAACCUUCAGGUCCCACAGCGGAGGCCUGUCCGACAGGCGCCAUUCACAGACUUCUUUGACCGGCCCAGUCGGGUGCUGUCCUCUGCCAAUGAGACUGAUGGUUAUGUGGACAUGAGCAGCCUCCCAGGGUUCAGGAGUAAAACUGAGUUACUUGAACAGGAAACAGAAAGUGCCUAUACGGAAGCCUACAACGUAUGUUCGGUGGCUGUUGCUCCAGCGACUGUUUCAUUGGGUGACGUCGAGGGAGGGACAGCAGGUGAGGAAGACCAAGGCCGUACCUCAGAGGAGGAGGAGGGAAGUGCAAACAGCAAUUAUGACAGACAGCCUGACGGCCGAUCCAGGGCCUUUUACAUUGCAAAAGAGCUGGUGGAUACGGAGAGAUUACAUGUGAAAGCCCUCAAGCUCCUACAGGAAGACUUUCGGGAAGCAGUGGGGGCAGCAGUUGGGGAUGAGGGGGAACCCGUGUUGGAUGAAGAGAGGCUUCGAGAGAUUCUCAAUGAGCUGCCUGAUAUUUACACCCUGCACCGCAGAAUCCUCAACGAGCUGGAGAACAGAAUUCGACUAUGGGAUGAGAGUCAGAGGAUUGCAGACAUCUUCCUGUCUAGAAAAGCAGAGUUCUUGGUUUUUACCACUUAUAUUGGCCACUACGACCGAAGUAUGAGCCUGCUGGAGGACAGCUGCCGGACUUCACCUGCCUUUGCAGCUAUUGUUCACCAGUUUGAGCAGAGUCCAGCUGGAGACAACGUGUCUUUGAAACAUCAGCUCCUGCAGGUCAUUGUGCGUGUUGCUCAUUACCGCCUGCUCCUCACUGAUUAUCUGAACAAUCUCUCCCCUGAUUCCAAGGAAUAUGAAGACACGCAAGCUGCUGUGACUGUAGUGUCAGACAUUGCAGAUCAAGCAAACGACAGCUUAAAACAUGGGGAGAACUUGUUGCGUCUGAUCAACAUAGAGUACAGCGUUCGUGGUCAACGGGACCUGCUUCAGCCUGGCAGGGUCUUUGUAAAGGAGGGCACCCUGAUGAAGGUCAGCAGGAAGAGUCGACAGCCUCGCCAUCUGUUUUUGAUGAAUGAUGUGCUGCUGUACACCUACCCUCAGCAGGAUGGGAAGUACAGGCUGAAGAACACAGUGCCACUCACCGGGUUGACGGUCAGUAAACCGAUCAUAGAAAAUGUUCAAAAUGCACUGAGGAUCGAAGGAACAGACAUCUCCAUCACUUUGUCUGCAAGUUCCUUCAUUGAAAGAGAGGACUGGUUUUACACUUUAAGCCGCACUGUGACUGAACACGCCCGGGGAUCUGCUGCCUUUGGCAGCGGCUCAGGAGAGGCCAGAGAUCGUCUACGGCUGUCUGUAGGAGAGAAAGCUCCCACACUUGUUUCAGUCUCACAAGUGAUGAUGUGCAUGAACUGCACGUCAGAUUUCAGCCUCACUCUUCGUAGACACCACUGCCAUGGCUGCGGAAGAAUCGUUUGUCGGGGCUGCUCCAGGAACAGAUAUCCACUGAAAUACAUGAAAAACCGCAUGGCCAGAGUGUGUGACCACUGUUACAGUGAACUAAAGAAGCGAGGAGGAGAUUUGUCUCCACUGUCAGGUAAGGACAGCCCUCGCCCAAGCCGCUCCAGUCGUCCUCUCUCUGCUGUGUUCCAAAACAUUCACCCUCCCAACAUCUGGAGGCAUCGGAAAGGCACUGCCUCCUUCACCCAGGUGACUGUGUCAGAGGAAGGUUCCAUUAGUGGCAGUCUGCAGUGCAGCAAGAAGAGCAAGAGGAGCUGGAAGAGACUGUGGUUCCUCCUAAAAGACAAGGUGCUUUACACCUACAGAGCCCAAGAGGAGAAAGUAGCAUCCGAGAGUUUACCUCUGCUGGGUUUCACGGUGAAGCUACCUGACAAGCAGGAGGGCGAGGAGGAGGAGGCCAACAUCUUCCAGCUGUACCACAAAAACACUUUGUACUACACGUUUAAGGCCGUGGACAACCACACAGCCCAGAGGUGGGUUAACGCCAUGGAGGAAGCCACAGUUUUAUAGGAUCAGCUACACUGGGUGUCUUACCAAAAACAAAAGUCUUCUGCCUUUCCUCUGCUCCAAAUAGACUGUGAAACAGGAAGGGAACACUGGGAAUAAAACACAAUAUUUGAUUAUGUCUGCAAGUUGUAAUUUGCCUUGCUGGACUGAAUAAAAGAAGACGUGGUGUGUUACGAGAGGACACUAUUACCUACUUUGUCAACCUCCAGCGUCCCUCACCUGCUGCUGCAGCAGGUGUGAUGCUGAUAGCCACGAGAGGCGUUGGCCCAGAUAGCUGCCAGUGUGGAACAUUACACUGAUGUGUCCUGUAUUUCCCGCAGCAGCUGAUCAGCAACAUUCCUCCAAAUCACUGGGAAGUCGGCAGAUCUUUGGAGAAGAAAGAUAUUCUUUAAUUUCAACUAUAUUUUCAACAUAUCAGAUAUUUCAAAAACAACAUAAAGAAAUCAUUUCAAUAACUGACCAAACGCGUAUUUUAAUUGCAACCAUUUUACUGUUAUGUUCAUGUAGGCAGAAAAAAAAUGCUAAGAUAUUUGUGUGUCAUUCAAAAAUGCCCAAAUGUGGAAUGACCUGAUCUUCAGUUAAAAAAAUGAAUUUUAGCAUGUGUUCUUCCACUGGAUUAAAUGCAUCUGUAUGACUAACACUUCAAAGCACAGGCUGUAUCAAAGAAUGAGUAAUUUUAUAUGUAUAGAAGUGUCUGUCGCUUUGCCAUGUACUGUAUUGUUGGAGGUUUCUAUGCUUUUUUUGCACUGAUAAACCUGAAAAAGAAAUAUGAGUGUACCUUCAUCAUAAAGUACUUUACUUACUUAACUUACUUAACAUGCUUUUUUAUUGAAAAAAAAAAUGUUGUUAACUCCAUCUUUAUUGUUUUAAAUACCUAUAACAAGUGUAAUGUAAAUUCUUAUUUGUAUAAAGACUCCACAUCCGGUUGUGCACAGAUUGUUGCCCUGGACUGAACCAUGAAUCACUGAUUUUACUGAUCUGCGUAAUCAGUGUCAUGGACUUUGUACUGUACUUGGUGAUUAAUAGGUUUAAAUUUCUAAUGCUCUUAUUUUAAAGUCAAAUAAAAGAGGCUAUACUGAUGGAAACCGACUGUAGCUGUGUUUUC